AUGCCAUUUGGCACUUCAACAGGCUCUUGCCUGGUGAUAUCUAGGAGGACUGAGACGUCCAAUGCAGAUGUAGUGGGAGAAUACCUGACUCGGUCGAAAGUGACAGGCAUCAUAAGGGUGCGAUGGGCUACUGAGGUUCUAGACAAUGUUGAUGAAGCUGGAGGUCUUCUUGGUGUGGAGCCUUUUGACUGUGAGCAGUUGAAGAUACAAGUACGUGGUGUUUGGAUGAGAGCUGGAUCAAAGCUGGGAGUCGAGGGUACAUGUCUGAUGAUUGGUGGCUGGGCUAAGCGAUCUCAAGUGGACGCUUGGAGAGGAGAUCCAGAAUCCGACCAGAUGGGCCUACAGCGAGUAUGUUUAUGGGGCUUCGAGGGAGUACAAUUGACCGAUAGUCAUCCAGUGGCUAUUCUACCAUUAUCCAUUAAAUACAUUUUAGUGUCCAGCUACUAUUUCCUUCAAAGUCUGGUGGUUGCCACAUUUGGCAACAGCUGUUUAGUUACCAGCCAGUUACUCAUUGAACUGGACCACUCUGCUGCAAUUGCAGACCUUCGAACAUUUCACCAUUGGACUCAAAAGACCAAUCCCAACCUUCAACGUGCACACUGGAACUUUGGGUUUCGGAUUUUUGAGUGGAUGAAGGAGCAUCGUAUGAUGUGGUGCACAAAUUUCCAGGCAGAGCAUCAGUCCUCCUCUCUGGGGCAUAAUGCGCCAGCAAAUUUGAAGGAUACCAAAAUUGAACCAGUACCCAGUACCUGCGGCACCCAGGUGGAGUGGUACCCGGGUGGAGGUGGGGGUGACAGUCGCUUCAACAGGAAGAACUAUGCCUUGUGGAAACUUCAACUCACUGAAUUACUGAAAGGGAAAGGAUUGUGGGGGUACAUCGAAGGGGUAAGGACCGAUGGAACAGCAAAGCAAUGUUGGGACUCCAUCAUUGCUGAGCAUGUAAAGAAAACUGAUAUGGCUCUCUCUGAGGCUGAGAUGUCCCUGAAUGCAGUCAAGUUCGAUGGAAAUAGUGACCUCGAUGCCCAUGUCUCCGAAGCUCUGUACAAAGAGGCUCACACCACUCUAUGUGCUGUGGGGAAGGGUCAUCUCAGUCCCAAGCUCUCGCAGCUGGAUCAUCGGCUCCUACCCAUGGAUGCUCCAAUCCUGGCUGCAAGGCAUGAGAUAAGACAAAACAUACUGCGGAAAAUUGCUAUUGGCCAGGAGGGAGAAAGGAGAGACAGUUCCCUUCUAACUUCGGCCCCCAGAGUUACCCUUGAGGCUGAGCAUGAUGGAAAUGGCAUUGUCAUGGAAGAUGGGGAUACGGGGGAGCAUUGUUUUCAAUGGAAUGGGACUCAAUCGUUCUGGAGAUGGGAUGAAUCUGAGAGAGAUGAGUCAGGCUCUACUGCAUCCUCUGAAUCAUCUGAUUGCACCUUUGAUUCUGACACUGAAAGUUGUCGACGAUGA